UUGAGAUGAUUUUAGCUACUGACCUAAUCUCUGGUAUUUUAAGGUUAAUAUUUUUUACAGUCUCAAAUAUCCAGCGGUAACCUUAAAUUAGAGUUACCUGUUAAACAGUUUCUCAAGUAUCUUUCAGAAUUGCAGUCACUUUACGGGCUAAUCCCUCAACAAGUGUCCGUGGCUGGUCACAGUUAUUCUGAUUAACCUCUAAGUUGAUUGUGAGACUUUAAACGGUCUCACCUGUAGUGGACCAAGCCAGCUCAAGUCAACAUCCCCCCAGCUGCUAACCCGCGGUAAGGCCGGAGGGCGCCUCAGUGGAGAAAGGACGGGGAAAUUCUCUGGGGCGGGCGCAGUCUGCAGCUGAUACCGAGAAACCGAAACUCAGCUGUUAAAACCGCUGCCCUUGCACUUUGGAAUCGCAUCUCGAGACUCGCUAGGCGCCCCAGCCGCAUCCCUUAGGCAGCGGCCGGCGGCCCGGGACCUGCGGGCUGUGAACCAUGUAUACCCGCAGCAGAGUGGUGAGCUCCGGGCUCGGCGCCUCCCCGGCCUCCCGCCCGGCCCGGGACCCCCGGGACCCUUAUGGGCAGCACGGGGACCUGGGCCCGCUGCAAGACCAGAGACGGGGUUUGGAGGCAGCCGCCGAGAGCCCUUCGCGGGAGAGCAUCGUGCAAGCGGGUCAGAGGCACACAAGUGCCUAUACCUUGAUAGCACCAAACGUAAACCGAAGAAAUCAGAUACAAAGAAUUGCAGAGCAGGAGCUGGCCAACCUAGAGAAAUGGAAGGAGCAGAACAGAGCUAAACCAGUUCACCUGGUGCCCAGGCGACUAGGUGGAAGCCAGUCAGAAACUGAAGUCAGACAGAAACAACAACUCCAGCUGAUGCAAUCUAAGUACCAGCAAAAGCUAAAAAGAGAAGAAUCUGUAAGAAUCAAGAAGGAAGCUGAAGAAGCUGAACUCCAAAAAAUGAAGGCAAUUCAGAGAGAGAAGAGCAACAAACUGGAGGAGAAAAAAAGGCUUGAAGAAAACCGUAGAAGAGAAGCAUUUAGAGAGCAUCAGCAAUACAAAACUGCUGAGUUCUUGAGCAAACUGAACACAGAAUCUCCAGGCAGAAGUGCCUGUCAAAGUGCUGUUUGUGGCCCACAAUCCUCAACAUGGGACAGAAGCUGGGCUUAUAGAGAUUCUCUAAGGGCGGAAGAAAACAGAAAAUUGCAAAGGAUGAAGCAUGAACAACAUCAAAAGAGUGAAUUACUGGAACUUAAGCGGCAGCAGCAAGAGGAAGAAAGAGCCAAAAUCCACCAGACUGAACACAGGAGGGUAAAUAAUGCUUUUCUGGACCGACUCCAAGGCAAAAGUCAACCAGGUGGCCUCGAGCAAUCUGGAGGCUGUUGGAAUAUGAAUAGCAGUAACAGCUGGGAUAUAUGAGAAAAUAUGGACUCUCAUCUGGCUUUCGUCAGCUGACCUUGAAAAGCCUCAUGAAAUGCUUCUUAAUGUGAUUUUGUUCAGCCUCACUGUUUUUGCCUUGUUUCCAACUGUCUACCCACUUGACUGAUCAGUCAGGAAUGACUGGUUUCUCCCUGUCCUCAUUUAUGCAUGUUUGCAGGAGCUGAUUACUGAACUCAUUUAAUUUCUACUGCCAGUGAAAUGCUACAUUAUUUUUUUAAUUGGAAGUAUAAUUAGAGUAAUGUUGGUAAGGUAAAAAAUAAGGGGGUCACUUGACGCUCUCAGGUUCAUAGAGUUGUGGGUGCUACAGGCUUGUCUCUCUAAGUGACAAAGUCUUAUUGAAUCCUCAGAUCAGGUUUUGGAAAGCUUUGGGGGGUCUUUUUAGAUUUUAAUCCAUACUUUCUUAUCUGUGGUAUAAAUAUGCACAAAAGAAAAAAUUUGAUGUCUUAUAUUCUUUUAAACAAAUUAUAAAUAAAUUUUGAACUACUUCUGUAUAAAUGGGUCAUUUUUAUUUUUAAUGAAAAUUAUUGGAUUUUCUCUCUUGAAGUGUCUCAUUUUAAUAUCCCCUUUCCAGGUCAUAUCAAUCAAAUAUAGUACUGUCAUUACUAUCGGCUCUUGUUUUGGUCUUGACUUACUAAUAGUGUACCCUGAUUUUCAGAAGGGGACAUUUUAUCUCCAGAAAGGCCAAUGUUUGAGUGCAAAUCAACUAGACACAAAUAUAGACAUCACAUGUGGUUUUUAGGUGUUUCAGAAACUAGUCUUGUCUUUGCUGUGUGUAAGCUAUUUCUUAUUGCUAAUUCAGGUGGCUUUCUUACUCACUUCUGUGACCUCGAACCAGUUUACAGACCCUAAAGUGUAAGAGUAUUGAUUUUCUAUGCUGUGUAAUCUAGCUCAAUCCCUCUGUCCCCUCUGCCUCACCAUCCCCCAGCCACUACAUUGUACAGUGAAAGCAUUGCAUUCAACCCUAGAAUAAAGGUAAACACAACAAAUCAUCUUUGCAGCUGGACAACUAAUAAUACUUUGCGGCAUUAAGAGAUCUUCUGUGUUACCAAUCAUUGUUGAAAUUAACUUUCCAAAUCUCUUUAUUGAGGAAGACAUGGGGAUUUGAGAUUCUUGGGCCAAGAUACAUAACUAAGGGGUUCACCGAACUAGGCAAGGGUGCGCUAGGAAAGGGCCACAUUGGUGGGUGGGGGGCGGGGUGAUAGAACAGAUGGUGCUCAGGCAGUUUCUCUGGAGUAAAUAAUGCAGGUAUUCUUGGUUUCCCUCUCGUCUGCCAGCUGAAGCUCUGUUAGUGCUGUUGACAAAUAUAAGAUGUUGGGUCCAUUUGAAAUCCUUGUCAUUGCCUCAUAUGGGGAAACUAAAUCUCCCAGUCUGAUUGGAAACAUCACCAAACUGAUUGUAAAUGUGUGGCUGUAGUAAGCAUUUUACUGUGUUGGCAUGCAGCCAUGUUGGCCCUACACCUGCCAGCCUGGCUACCUUACGGUCAUGUUCUGAUUUUUGUGUCUAUGCUUGGUGUCCUUCACUUGCUGCAUUUUCCAGCAUGCAACCAGGAGUUGCUGCAGGAACAGGGACACUUUCUUGCUUUGAAGCUCUCAGGAAAGUUGGUGUCAAUUUUUCUUCCACUGCCUGGCCUACCUUGCACUCCCAAACAAAGAUUUUGUGCAGAUGCGUAGUUUCAUUUUUUAAAGAUUGUGCAGGUAUGGAAAAUUGUGAUUUCAUGACCAAAACUAUCUGUAAUAUGUGUGGGGAUGUAAACAUCUUGCUUGAUCAAUUAUCUAUGUAGGCAGAGGUAACCAGGAGCUAAGCAGGAGUUGGUGCCUAAGGGAGCCUACCACGUUACUUCUCACAUUUAAUCUGCCACAUUAAAUCAGUUGGAAUAAAACCUGAUUCAUAGGUAACUCUGGACAGGAAAUCCCAAAGUUCCACCAUUUCUAUGCUGAAUUUUAACGUCCCUCUCUUUUUUAGAAAAUAAAAACAAGAAACAAAUGGUUCCAAACCCA